GUCAUGCCUUGCUAUCAUAUUUACGUCAAGCAUCAAUUUCUCAAAUAUUAUAAAAUAUUUGGACUAAAUCAACAAUAGAUUUCAAGGGUCUACCAACGGCAUUCACCUUCAGCAUCAAAAAAACCGAAAAUGCCAAAAAGUUCACCGACCGACGACUUCACCAAAUCCUCAGACAAACAACCAAGGAGUCUCAGCCAUGCUUCCACGCCUGCCCCGCUGCAUUUCUCUGUUCACAAACCUGGAUGUCAUUUUGAAAGCUGUUGUGGUGUUUGUAAUUUAUUCCCAGGAGUCCUGUUGAUAGCUUUCUGUCAAGUCCUAGUGGGUUCGAUCCUGCUCACGCUGAUCCUGACACAUGGCAAACAGUAUGACGAAAUGCACCAAACCUCCAAAACACAGAUGGCAAGCAUGGCGUCUGGAGCAAUUCUAAGCGGCAUGACGGGAGCUGGUAUACUCCUUAUCAUCGUGGCCCUCACAGAGAACUGCAGAGCUAUGUUGGUUUACUUAUUGGUGGCCACCAUGGUUUGGAUCAGCAUCAUGUCCUUGGCGAUUACCAAGAUUGGGCGCGCUUGCAUUCGUUUCAAAGAUGCUCCCAAGAUAAAAGACGAACAGCACCGUCUGGCGAAUUUGGCGUGCGUCAGUGGACUCUUCACAUUUCUUGGCGCAGUGAUUUACUUCUUCUCGUUCAUCGUGGUCUUCAGUUUUUACCACUUCAGGUACGUCCGCCGCGCUAUUUUGCUACACGAAGCUGAAUGCGAGUGAUUUUGAUACCUUGUUAGUUAAUUUAAUA